CACGAUGUUUCGUUUCGGUAUCCGCAGAAGAUUCGCCUGUUUGGAGAAAUGUGGUGAAUCGUUGGGUAACAUUCGCGAAUCGUCCGGUAUAUUUCACGUGAACUCGAAACACGUUCUACCAAAGUCACGCUCAAGAUGUUUGAUCGAUUCUGUAACACGGUCAAAGAGAAGCGAAGGCCGACGUUCAUCGUCGACGACGGCGACGCAGCCAAGGAAAACCUGCCUGUACGAUCUUCACGAGGAAAAUCGAGGGAAAAUUGUGAAUUUUUCCGGCUGGUUGCUGCCAGUACAAUACCAAGAGGCGAUUGCUGCAUCUCAUCAACACACAAGAACCUUCGCAUCCCUCUUCGAUGUUGGCCACAUGAUGCAGACGUACGUUUCUGGAAGAGACUCGACCGAUUUUCUCGAAUCUCUGACCACCGGUGAUCUUAGAAAUUUGAACAAGGGUUCUGCUGCUCUGACGGUGUUCACAAACGAGAACGGAGGUAUUCUCGACGAUCUGAUAAUCACAAAAGUCGACGAGGAUAAAUAUUUCGUGGUGUCUAACGCUGGAAGAAGAGACGAGGACACUCGGUUGCUUCGUCGACAACAGGAUAACUUCAAAUCCCAGGGAAAAUCGGUGAACUUGGAGAGCCUAGAUCCUCUGGAGCAGUCUCUGGUCGCCUUACAAGGACCGAAAGCAGCGUCUGUUCUUCAGUCGAUAGUUAAGAUCGACUUGAAGAACCUCAAGUUCAUGAACAGCGUGGAAACUGAAGUAUUAGAAACUGAAAUCAGAGUGUCUCGUUGUGGAUACACAGGAGAGGAUGGUUUCGAGAUCUCGAUGCCAGAAAGAAUUGCACGUAACGUGGUAGAUAUGAUACUGAACACACCUGAUACGAAAUUAGCAGGUUUAGGUGCCAGGGAUAGUUUAAGGCUAGAAGCUGGUCUCUGCCUCUAUGGACAAGACAUAGACGACGUAACUACUCCAGUUGAAGCUGGACUUACUUGGCUAGUAGCUAAAAGAAGAAGAGCAGAAAGAAAUUUUCCAGGUAGUCAAAGAAUAGUUUCACAGAUCAAAACCGGGCCAGGUAUGAAACGAAUAGGAUUGUCAAUCGCACACGGUCCGCCAGCUAGAGAAGGUGCGUGCAUAUUAACUCCAGAGGGUGAACGCGUCGGUAAAGUGACUUCCGGUGGACCGAGUCCAACCCUCGGUCGAUCAAUCGCUAUGGGAUACGUACCGGCUGAGCUGGCUCAGUGUGGCGGUGGAAUUUUGGUCGAAGUUCGUGGAAAAACGUACAAAGCGACUGUGACGAAAAUGCCGUUUGUGAAAACGAGCUAUUACACUGCGAAGUGA